CGCGGAGCUCUCAGUCCACACCGAACCAUCGACUAGCUACCACGCCACUCCGUGCUAAACACCGCACAAACGUGGCGUGACAGAAAAAGCCGGCUGUGCACGGGUUGAAAAGUGACAGUGCGUCAGUGAGGAGAAAAGUGUUCGGGAAUUUCUCUGGACUAGCUGAAUAACCAGCAGUUUGCGAUAACGAGUACGAUUUUACGAAUUUAAAACUUCUACAGCACCACCAUUUAUUUGUAGUGCAAGAAGUGGGAUGCCAUAAUCGCCGAGAUUUUAAAUUGAAUGGCGCAAAGCUACAACAUGGCGUGGCUGCGUAUAUCUGCUUGCUUCAUAGUGGUAUCCCUACUUCUGAAUUCAUCUUUGGCUGCCAUCUGCCCAAAAAGCUGCGUUUGCAGUACUACAAGAGAUGGCUUACACCGGGCCACGUGCAGCAACCUAGCAGAGCUUUACAAAUACACUCUACGUCAGAAACACCAUAAUGUUAAUAUUUUAGAUCUCUCGCACAACAAUAUAACAAAAAUAACUCAUGAAUUAGAUAAACUUACUGAAGUUGUUACUCUAGAUUUAUCCACGAAUGGCCUCACAGAAAUCAAUAAAUUUUUACACAAUGCACGAAAACUCGUACAUUUAAAUCUGGCUAACAAUAGAUUUCAAAAGUUGGCACUUGUGCAUUUACCAAAAAGCGUGAGCUCUUUAGAUUUAACAAAUAAUUUACUCGAAGACGUGCCUUCUGACAUAACACAUUUGACCAGUCUAGAACAUUUGGAACUUGAAGGAAAUCCCCUACAUUGUUCUUGUGAUAAUGUUAUUGCUCGGGACCAUUUAUUAUCCUUAAAUGUGUACAUAGAUGAUGUUAAAUGUCAAACUCCAUUGAGGCUUAAAGGCCGUUCCUGGUUAGAACUAAAAACGAAAGAUAUAUGUAAAGCUGCUAGAUCGGAUUUUAUGGAUAUGAUGAUGGGAGACCAACCAAUUGAUGCUAUAAGGAUUGGAGAGGAAACUUCAGCAUUAAAAUCUAUGUCCUUAGUAUCUGGAAAUGACUUAGAGGAUGGAAAUAUCAUUCAUGGUGAAGAACUCUCUGAAGACGACGAUAGCGUACAAUUUAUGAAAGUAGGUCACUUGUCUACUUCUUCUCCUUUAAGUGAAAUCGAGGGUUCUGGUGAAGCUGAAAGUACGACGAUAAGUGAUAUUAUUGAACCAGUUAAUAGGCAAAAAAUAUUGGCCAAUCUUAUGGUUUCAGAAGAAAUAUUACCCGCUAAUGACAUUACAACAACAGAAAAUCCCUUAGAAGGAUCUGGAGAGGGUUCUGGAGAUGGAAUUUUUCAUUACGAUUACGAAGAUCAGACUGAAAGGAUACCAGAGACUACAACACCUGUAUAUGGGGAGUUUAAUCCGGAACCGGUUCAUAAAAUAUUCGAAAAUGAUGAAGAUAUCAAUGAGACCACUACAGAAUUCCCCAUUCCAGAACCUCCAUCUAUUUAUCAAGGUGGAGUUGGUUGGCACAGUCAAAAUGCUAAUGCUGAAGUCGUGACUGAAAAAGCAGUAACACCCCAAAUCACAAGAGACACGACUGUAUCAGAACAAAUACGAAUAACUCAGGCUUCAGAAGUUUUGGGUCAAAUACCGAAUACCGAAGAAACAGUAACGCCACACAAAACAGGAACUUAUGUAUGUAUAGCUCUAAUAGUGGUUCUAUUAGUCGGAUUAAUUGGUUUUGCAAUAACCAAAGGACAAAUGCGUAAACGUAGAGACAGAAGACUUCUAAGGCAACAAAAACGUGAUGUAGAAAAAGCUUCAAAAGAAAUGGUUGACAUGAAUAAAUCGUUAUUAGGAAAGCCAGCUGCAGUAGAGGCGCCAAUUGAUAAAAAGACUAACGGAAGAUAUGAACUAGUACCAACACAUGAAAACAAUCUGAAAAAAAAUGAAAACGGAGACGUAGGAAAUGGGAUUAAGCAGAAUGAUGAUAAACACCUAAGAACGGAUAGCCCACGAGACACAAACCAGAACAAAAGUAGCUCUAAGGAUAAUAAUUUAAUUGAUGACCCAGUUUUACAACAAGAAACUUCUUUUGAAUCCGACCCAGCAUCACCAACAUCUGGUAACAGACAUUCUCUUUCUAGUGAAGAUAUCUUUGUUCCUAUUGAUGAUGAUUCACCCAGAUUAAAUGGCACUGGAGGCUCUGAUAUUUCGCAACCACUUAUUAAUGGAGCCACUGAUUCCGACUAUCUGACACCAUCUCGGGAAUAUGUGCCUGUUUACUCACCUGAUAUGGGCAGGGUUCGAAUCAAAAUGUCGGAAACUCCAAAACCUAAGACUCCAGUUCUAGUUACUAGGAGCAGGUCUAACGCAGGAGAUAUAAUAAUAACACCUUCAGUCGAUGGAAACGCACGCAAGUCAGCUACUUGAAAUUUAGUUUAAUAUUAAAACAUUAAGGGAUUGUAUAUAUCGGUGUCUAACAACAAACUUAUACUAUUGGCAAAAUUCUGUGAUUUAUGCGUAUGUGUGUCAAUUAAAGGGGGACUCGUAACUGGUAUGAAGGUAUUGACUGUGUAUUAAGUACUGCCAAAGUGUGUUUGUAGUCGACAGUGCCUUUAUUUUUAACUUAUUAGUAUAUUUAUGAGAGUAUAUUGAGCGAUAAGUGAAUAUUUUUGUAAUGUGUAUAAAAUGUUGCCAUUUUUAGAGUUACAUUUAAAAUUGGAAUCCUCGUUAGGCUCGGCUGUUAUCGCAUCCCUGUAUGCUAGAAAUAUAUCUGUCCCAGUAACGGCUGGUAAAUUUCCAUUUUUCCUCACUUGUAUUACCAGGCCAGAUACGUUUGUGGCACCAUAGGCCCUGUAUCUUUUUUGAAAUCUCCUAUAAAAAAUCUGGAUACAAUGUUGAGUUUUCAAUGGUUGUGUACUUACUUGUUCUAUCCAUUACUCACAUACUAUGGAAAGUUCGGUGUCACUAUUAUUACUUUCUGUCUUACCAGAGAUUCGUUUCAUAACUUAAGCAUAAGUUCCUUUAAGUAAUAUUAUUAUAAUUAUUUAGUAUUUAAGAAUGUGAUACCAUUUUAUUGUAAGCAACGCUAUAACGUAAAAUCUUAGUUAUGCAGAUUGAAACAAAUGUUUAUUGAUAGUUAUUUGCUUAAGUAACGUCUAUUUCAUAUUUUUAUUUUUAAUACAAUAAAAAUCCCUGUUUUAUCAUUUAACUAUUAUCUCGUGUCGUGCUUGUGACUUAUUCUGAACACCAAUAUUUUAUUUAAUAAAUAUUGAGUCUUUAUAAGGAUCAAAUACGAGAACAAUAAUUCCAAUGUAAUAUUUUUUAUAAAUGAUGUAAUUUUAUUUUGAACGAUAUAAAAUGUUGAUUGAAAGUGUGUUUC